GUUUUACGUUUGUGAAUAUAGCAUUCCGAGAUCAACUGUGCUCUAAGAUGGCGAAAAUAGUUUGACUGUUAUUGAAAUGGAUAUAAAUAAUCAGAUUAGUGACAAUAUCAAGAUCAAAUACCGUCCAGUGAAUGUGGUGUUGUGCAAAUUUGGACUGUAUAGUGAUUAGUUGAAGUGCAGUAGACAAAAACAAAUUGAACAAUGCGUGAAUUUAAAGUAGUUGUCCUUGGUUCGGGUGGGGUUGGGAAAAGUGCUCUCACGGUACAAUUUGUUUCCGGAUGUUUCAUGGAAAAAUACGACCCGACGAUAGAGGAUUUCUACCGAAAAGAAAUCGAAGUGGAUAACUCUCCCUGCGUGCUGGAGAUCUUGGACACAGCAGGUACAGAACAAUUCGCCAGCAUGCGCGACCUCUACAUCAAGAAUGGACAGGGGUUCGUGGUGGUAUACAGCCUAACCAACCACCAAACCUUCCAAGACAUCCGACCCAUGAAAGAACUCAUCACCAGGGUGAAGGGUACCGAAAGGGUGCCCAUAUUACUAGUCGCAAACAAAGUGGAUUUGGAGCAUCAGCGCGAGGUGGAAUCGACGGAAGGACACAAUUUAUCGCAAACAUGGGGUUGCCCGUUCAUCGAAGCAAGUGCUAAGAAUAGAACCAACGUGAACGAAGUGUUUGCCGAAAUUGUUCGCGAGAUGAACGUUAGCCCCGAAAAACAAAAGAAAAAUUAUUGUUGCUGUACUGUGCUCUAAUACCUACCUGGCAGCGGCGGAAGCAGCAGCAGCAGCAGACCUCCUAGCUACUUUUCUACUCUUCCUCAUUUUUCUCAACUUCUAAAGGGAACAAUCACGACUUGAAUUGCUUUGUUGUGUUGAACUGUGAGCUGCGGAACAGGACUGAUUUCUGAACGAGACUGUGUAAGACACUUUAGCGCCAAUCAAGUGGAUGUUAUUUGUAAAUGCUCAUUUUCUAGUAUACUUCUUACUUCAAUGGCUUAGAACCGCACAAUAUCUAUAUUUUUAUACAUUGAACAAAAAAAAUCUUCGUAAAAUGAUGCAUACAUAUUUUAUUUACUAGUAUUUUAAAGUGAUUCAUAUCUACAAGUUCCAUCACCGAGGUUACUUUUUCAUUCAUUCAGUCCCCAAAUUUCACCACCUACGUUCAAUUAUCACCUCAGACCACUAUUUAUUCACCUCAACAAUUCGUUUGUUUACAAACAAAACAGUCGCCUUUUUUUUUCGUCAGAAAUUGAAUGCAACAGUAUCUCCAAAUUUGUAGCCGAAAUCGUCAAACACCCCGGAUCCAGUCACGAAAACCACCACGAAAUUAAUUCAAUUAUGUUACCUACAAUGCAACAGUGAUACAGGACCCAUGAUCUAUUCAAUUCAAAACAUCACGGCUCUGCAGAUGUUCGUUACCAAGUUCCAGUCACUUCUCCAAAAAAGAAAAAACCGCAUUUACAUUGUACUCUCGCCCGUUUAAUACUCGGCAGUUCACGUCCAAUUCAAUGUACAAAGUUCUUCCACGUCUUCAUCAAAUGUCCACCUUCAAGCCUGCACACAAUAUCAAAAACCAAAAAAAAUCACGUAUAAUGUUGUGGCUUAGUGGUUGUGUGUGUUUAAAUUGAUGGACCUCCCCCGCCCAUGACCAAUUUAUUAUUUUUUGAUUCGAAUUUGCUGAUGCUAAACACCGUUGUUUAGAGGAUUUUUACUUAGUUAAUUUUGUUAGUGUUUUAACCGUGUAACGUUGUAAUUGUCGUUUCAAGGAUGCACAAAUAAAUAAUAACGGCUAAGCCACAUCAAUUAUCAUCGAAACCACCGAUAUUUCUAAUUGCUCAGCUUGAUUUGGAACAUUUGACGGAGAUUUUCGCCCUAAACAACUCGAUGCCGUUUACUGUGUUUCAAAGCUUUAACAUGAUUUUUUAUAUGAUGAUUGUUCUGCGACAUUGUAAAUUGACUCUGAACCAUGAGGAGAACUUUUGUAUGAUGCAAAAAGUAUAAAGUCUGACGAAUAUUGCUCAACAACUUGUAUAUUGGGGGUAAAUGGACCUUUGAGACAGUUUUUUUUUUAAGAUGGAAGUGGUGGAAAUAUUUGUUUGAUGAUUUUUUAUGCAAGUGAUAGUUACUGAGAGCUUUAGAGAAAAUGAAGACCUUGACCUUGUAUAAUUGAUAGUGCCUGAUGUAGUGAAAUUGCGAUAACCGCAUGGUUGGUACUAUUUAACGGCCUAAAUAUGAAAAAACAUCAGUCCCUCUUUUAUUUAUUAUUGAUAAAUGUGUCAGGCCAACUUGUAAAGUCAAAUUGUAGUGGGUCUGGAUAAAUAUCAUCUCCUAAAGUUUUUUUUUUUUUGUAAUUACCUAUGUGAGUUUAUAUAUGUAUAUAUUAUAUUAUAACAUAAUUUUAUCAAAGAUCUGUGUUUUGUAAAAUAAAACAUUCUUCAAUCAAAAGUGAUGUGUGGAAGAUGUGUGCUUGAGUAAUAGACUAAUAAUACAUGUUUUUGUAAGUAAAUCAAAUAGAAUGUGUGUUUGUUCGAGAGCCAAAAAGGAUUUGUGAUAUAUACGUAUUAUAAUAAAAAAAUCUGUGGA